AUGGAUUAUAUGUGGAUUCGUGGCUCUACUCAGUACUAUUUCGAUUCCAAGAGAUCAAGUUUAUCAUUGAAUUCAUUUGUUCUAGGUGCAUUAUGUUAUGCUGAAAUCGGAACAGUAAUACCGCUGAGUGGUGCUGAAUUAGCCUACAUGAAAGAAGGAAUUGGAUCAGUUCAUGCCCGAACGGGUGAUGUACUUGCCUUUGUUUUCAGUUGGGCAAAUACAUUUAUUAUUUUACCAUCAACCGCUGCUAUUCUCACACUAACAUUUUCAACGUACUUUCUUUCGGGAAUUAUGGAUAAUUGUGGUCCACCUGUUGAAUUAGUAAAAAUGACAGCUAUUUUUGCUAUUGUCGUUCUCGCCAAUGUCAAUGCGUUCAGUGCUACAACAGCUAAUCGUCUAAACAUAGUGUUUACUCUGUCCAAAGUAGUGACAAUCUUGGUUAUUGUGACGGCUGGUCUUGUACGAAUUGGACAAGGACAUACAGAAAAUUUGAAACAUUCUUUCCAUGGUACAACAAACAAACCGUUAAGAAUUGCCCUUGCCUUCUAUUCAGGACUUUGGGCUUAUAGUGGAUGGGGUAGCUUAACGACAGUAACAGAAGAACUGAAAAAUCCUAAAAAAAAUUUAUGGUUAUCAAUUGUUGUAGCUUUGCCAAUAGUGAUCGUUCUGUAUGUUCUUACCAAUAUAUCGUAUUUUACAGUAAUGACGAAAUCUGCAUUGCUCAGUUCAGACGCUGUUGCUAUGACAUGGGGCGAAGUGGUAUUAGGGUCAGUUGCUCGUGUAUUACCAGUAUUGAUAGCCUUGAGUGCAUUAGGUAGUGCAAAUGGAUUGACUUAUACGAGUGCUCGGUAUUGUAUGGUUAGUGCAUGUUAUGGGCUUGUCUGUUUUUUGAAUGAAUUCGAUUCAUUUGAUUGUUUUCUGAAGACGAUUCUGGCAAUAAUUUAUUGCAUUCCAAGUGAUAUUGAAGGUCUGAUCAGUUAUUUCAGUUUUGUGUCUUGGCUUUUCUGCGGAUUAACAUUUGUCGCUACACUUUGGUGCAAAUUCACAAAACGUGAUGUUCUUCGGUUGAUUAAGGUUCCUAUAACUCUGGUUAUAUUUAUUAUACUGAUAUGUAUUUAUCUUGUCAUCGCACCCGUUAUCUCCUAUCCGAACAUCGGUUUUCUCAUUGCAUCUAUCAUUUUACUUCUUAGUUUGAUAGUUUAUUAUAUAUUUAUCUUUCGACAAGUCCAACCCAAGUUUAUGAAGAAACUUAAUGGGUCUAUCGAAAAUUUCUUCAAUUUAACCAAAUCAGACAUUAAUAUUGAAACAUAA